GGCCACGUGUACGCCAGUCGCCAUGCCCGAGACGCGCGAGUGCGUCGUCCAGGGUGCCACCAACGUCUUCACCUCCAUCCACGCCAUGGACAUGAAGUUCAUGCACAUCGAUAAGAACGGAGAGUUCCACCUGGGGUACCCACGCGCCGAGCUGCAGGGAGCGUCGUGGUAUCAGCUGCUGCACUGGGACUGCAUGCGGGAGGCGCAGACCAAGCACCGCCUCAUCACGCAGUCGGAGCAGGACCGGUCGUGCAUCCUGCUGCUGCGGCUGCAGCGGCGCGCCGGCGACUGGCUGUGGGUGCACUGCGUGCUGCAGGUGAAGGACAGCGUCGACAGCAGCCAGCAGCCCGUCAUCGUCUGCACCAACCAGGUCCUCAGCGACCGUGAGGCGGCGGUGAUGCGCGCGAACGGCUGGCUGUACCACUACUACAUGGUGCAGAGCAAGCUGCAGUACGGCCUCGCGCUGGAGGCUCACGCCGCUUCGCGCAUGGCGGCCGCAGCCUACUACCACCACGGCGCCCCGCAGCCGCCGCCCGCGCCGGGACCACAGGUUGUGUCGCCGUACCAGCAGCCAGUGCAGCAUCAGCCGCCGCCGCAGCAGCACGAGGAGUUGGAGAGCCCGGUGCCCGUGGACUACUCGCGACACGCCCACCACGAGCCGCCGCCCGCAGACGACGUGCACCGGCGGAAGCUGCCGCGCCUGCUGAAGCCCGUCUCGCCGGAGGCGGCCGCCGCCGACCCGGCGGACCUCAUGGAGCAGUGGAACCCCAGCCCGCCCUGGUCCGACACGGCGCUGCAGAAGGUGCCCGACAUCAGCCACCAGGAGCUGAGCCCGUACACGACGUGCACGCCGCCGACGCCGAGCGGCACCCCGGCGCACCCGUCGGCGAGCGCGUUCACGUUCGAGUGGUCGGCGGCGGGCGAGCAGUACGUGCCGAGCGUGGGGGCGGGAGCGCUUCCGCCGCUGGCCGCCGCCCCCGCGCCACCCCCUCACGAGGAGCCGCCGCCCUGGCACCAGCUGCACCAACCGCACCAGCUGCACCACCACCGCCUCUUCCCUCUGCAGCCGCCCCCGCACCCGCAGCGGCCGGCGCACUCGCCAGACGACACGACACCCGCCAAAGAUACUGAACUUACAGAACUACACGUAAGUUGCAAUAUUAGUAGCUACUCCUUCUCCUACUCCUCCUUCACCACCACCACCACCACCACCACCACCACCACGAUUGAGGCUAUCUGA